AUGAUGCGACCAAAAGAUUUACGCCAGGGCUCUGGCACCAAAACCUUCCUGGAUGCCAUGCAUGGUGGUAAAGUUCACCUUGCACGCUUCAUCCUGGACGCCUUGGAUGGACGCAUCAUCAACUCAAAGACGGAAAACAGCCGCACCCCGCUCAUGUUUGCUGUCUGCCUGCAAGACCCCGGGACCAGGGCCAAGUUCACCAGGUUGCUGCUGGAGAAAGGGGCCGAUGUCAACUGCCAGGAUGAAGAUGGGCGCACAGCCCUGAGCCAUGCUUGUGAGAUGGGUCACCUGGAUGUUGUCAAGCUUUUGGUGCAGUUCAAUGCAGAUCCGGACAUCUCUGAUGCUUGGGGUAACAGUGCUCUCAUGUAUGCUGCCUUUUCUGGACACAGCCAGGUUCUGGAGUUCCUGGUCCGGGCUUUCAAAAGACUGGGACUGAGACUGGACAGAACCAAUAAUGCUGGUCACUCAGCCAUUGAGGUGGCCAACUUCUUUGGACACAACCAGUGCGUCCAGAUUCUGAACUUUCCCUGCAGGAGAGGUGUUAGCACAGAUGAUCCACUUGCUAAUGUGGGCACCAUUGGUGAAGGAGACUGCCGGCUGCCCAACAGGCUCCCUAGGCAUGUUCUGGAGAGGUUCUCCAAGCAGGUGAAUAAUGAAGAGCAACUGCCCGGGGUAUUUCAGAGACAGCUGAAGACUGGAGACAGCAGCGGGCUGUGGAACCGCUUCAAGUGUCCCAGGAGCCAGUCUCAAGAGGACAACCAUCGCCACAGCUGGGCUCUGCCGCCUCAGCUAGAGAAAAGCCAAACUGAGGGGGAUCACAGCGUUCUCUUUACAGCCAAACAACUGCAAAACUGCCAGCUUAGAGAGCUAAGAGGGGCUAAAACACUGAACUCUCUGCCUGAGCCAAGCCAGAAAGAUGUCAGCCGAGACACUGGACUCCCAGAGAAAACACUAGAGAGUUUUCCUCUCUGGGGAAAAGCAAAGUCAUUUAACCUGGACCUUCUGAGCAGCAGAAAGCAGUCCUAUCAGGGUGAUGUGCGUGACAUGAGCCUGUCAGCCAGCAAAUUAAAGAGAGCCUCGCUGCAGGAUGAGAGAUGCCUGAUAGACAAGAUGGAAUGUCAAGGAAACACCCGGGGCCUGACAAACAAUGCUGACAAAACUGUCUCAGUGCCAAAACCUCUUUUAAACGCCAAGAGUCAGCCCGUGAGAGCACUUGAGGAGAAUGUCAAAUCACAGAAAGAGGAGGCUAAUGACAUGGCUCUAUCAAGCAGGAGAGAGCAGCAGAAGAGGGGAAGCUUUGGCCCGACCGCCAGACACAGCAAACUGCUGUUUGCCAGAGGGGAGAUGGAGUCAGGGAAGAUCCCCGGUCGUGCACCAGGGUUCAUCGGCCUGGGGACCAGACUGUUGCGUCGAUUCACGGCACCGGAAUUCAUGAGGAUGGCGAUAGACUGUUCAUCGGGCUCCUCAAACGGCAGAGGGAGGAUGUCCCGCUCAGAAACCUUCCCUCUCUCUCACACACAUCAGCAGGUCAACAGCCAGCCAAGCGUUGACAGCAUCAGCGGAGUGAAGUGUGAGUUUGAAAGCUGCUUGUCUCAGUCCGCCCUCGAUUAG